AUGGACUUGGCCAGCGGGACUUUCGAAGGCAAUGCACUCACAUCUUGUUUUUCCUCAAAUCCGGAUUUCCCACUCCCAAACCUUAUCUGCACAGAGGAGAAGUCUGCAAGGAAGAGGAAGAUGCCUUGGGGCAGCCCGGCAGACAAGGAGCUGAGGAUAGAGACCAGGGAGGACAAAUCCCUGCAGCAGAACCUCAUGAGAGAGGCUGUUUUGAGCGGCUCCACAGCGCAGGAAUCCAACGGGGAGGAAAAGCCCUGGAGAUCCCACAGGUGGAGGGGCUGCAAACCCAGCCCAGGAUGCUCCAAGGAGGAAAGACCCACCCUGUGCCAGGAAGGCAGCCGGAGCUCUGGCCAGAGCUCUGAAGUGGUCAAUGAGCAGCUUUUUGAUGGCAAGAAGCCCCACCAGUGCCUGGAAUGUGGGAAGAGUUUCCUCACGAGCUCCCGCCUGGUCUGCCACCAGAAGAUCCACUCCGGGGAACGGCCCUAUGAGUGUGGGGAAUGUGGGAAGAGCUUCAGGAUCAGCUCCCACCUGUACCGCCACCAGAAGAUCCACACUGGGGAGAGGCCCUAUGAGUGUGGGGAAUGUGGGAAGAGCUUCAGAGACACCUCUGACCUGAUGGUCCACCAGAGGAUUCACACCGGGGAAUGGCCCUAUGAGUGUGGGGAGUGUGGACAGAGCUUCAGCCUGAGCUCCAGUUUGAUCUGCCACCAGAGGAUCCACACUGAUGAACGGCCCUAUAAAUGUGGAGAAUGUGGGAAAGCGUUCAGGAAGAGCUGCCACCUGAACCGCCACCAGAUGAUCCACACUGGGAUACGACCCUAUGUGUGUGGGGAAUGUGGGAAGAGCUUCCGUGACAGCUCUGACCUGAUCAUCCACCGGACAAUGCACACUGGGGAUUGCCCCUACACGUGUUCAGAAUGUGGGAAGAGCUUCAGCCAGAGGUCCAACCUGAUUGCCCACCAGAGGAUCCACACUGGGGAGACGCCCUAUGAGUGUUCUGAGUGUGGGGAGAGGUUUCAGAGCAGAUACCGUCUCCUCAAGCAUCAGCAGAUUCACACAGAAUAGAGGCCCUUCCACUGCCCCGACUGCAGGAAGUGCUUUAAGAAAAACUCCACCCUCCUCACCCACCAGCAGAUCCACACUGGGGAGAGACCCUAACAGUGUCCCAAGUGUGGCAAGAGCUUUGAGUGCUGCUACAACUCCAUCCCCCAUUGGAGGACCUCCAUUGGAUGGUCCACAGUGACCCUUGUUGGGCAGAGACUUGGUCAUCCAUGGUCCUGGUGAUCCAUGUUGGGAAGAUACCUGGCUGGUGGUCUCCACAUCUUCCUGGCUCCCCUUGGGCACUUGGACGCAGCCAGAGAAAAAUCCGUUAGGAUGCAAACCACCGUCAGAAUUUCAUAGGGGACAGCACAGUUUUUUACUUUGGACCCCCCAAAAAUCUCACCUUUUGCAUCCAGUGCACCAUUUCUUCUGGUGGCAUCAAGGAAUACCGGAUGGUAUUGGAGGUCUUUUCCAACCUGAAUCAUUCCAUGAUUGUAAUUCUCUCUGUCCCACAGGCGUCUUUCACUGCCAAAUGGUGAUGGACUGGAGCACGAAACCAGGAUUUGGAGACAAUGGAGUGGAAAUCCCUCUAAAAAAGGUCCUUUCUACCCACCCAGGCACAUGGAUACUCAGCUGUUGCAGUGUGUUUUUAUUUGGCAGGUUUUUUGUUUGAUUUGUGGUUUGGUAGUCCUUUUGGGUUUUUCUCCCCCUGUUUUAGAGUGACACAGACCUGCCUUUGUUGUUCAGUUGAGCCAGGUGUCCUUUACCUGUUGUUACUUAGCUACUUCCCUGCCAAGUUUCAAACCCCUUCCCCCCGCCCCCCCAUCCAGUUUUUAACCCCUCCUAUCCCAAGCAGUUUUCCUCCCUUGAAAUCCUUCACUGGUUUAUACAUUGUAUCCCCUGCCUUGUGUCCCACCCCCAGUUUCCUGAUUAGGUGAAUAUUGUAUCCUCCCUUGAGACCUGCCUCCCUUUAUGUUGCUGGCCCAGAGUUCAGCACGGGGAUCCCGGGACUCCUGGAGUUUAACGUCAAAUAAAGUAACCCAGUGCCCCCCAG